AAAGUAGUAGUGACGUUACUUGUUAACAUCCAUUAAAAACGUUCUCAAUUUUUAAUUCUUUCUUCGAGUCUGGAUUAUUCAUAGUUGAAUUAAAAUCUUUAGUUACAAGUCUAAUUGAUUAGGUCACCAUGCCAUCGGAUUCUAAAAAGAAAGAACAGCAGCGUAAGAAAGAUGCGCGAAAUAAAAAAGUUACAGGAACUGUUAAGAAAGAGGAAAAAGCUGAAAAUGGAACUACCUCGAAUGGAAUCGCUAAGGAGAUGACUGAGGAAGAAGCUUUAUGUGCAAAACUUGAGCAAGAAGCUCGAAUUAAUGCUGAUGCAAGGUCAUGCACUGGAUCACUUGCAGUUCAUCCAAGGUCUCGAGAUAUUAAGAUUGAGAAUUUCUCGAUAACUUUCUUCGGUGCGGAAUUAUUGCAAGAUACAAUGUUAGAGUUAAAUUGCGGUCGACGGUAUGGAUUACUCGGAUUGAAUGGCUGUGGAAAGUCUUCAUUGUUAGCAGUGUUAGGAAAUCGUGAAGUUCCAAUUCAAGAUCACAUUGACAUUUUCCAUCUGACAAGAGAAAUUCCUGCGAGCUCUAAGACAGCGUUAGAGUGUGUUAUGGAAGUAGAUGAGGAACGAAUCAUUCUUGAGAAAUUAGCUGAAGAACUAGCAACCUGUGAAGAUGAUGAGUCGCAAGAACAACUGAUGGAUGUUUAUGAACGGUUAGAUGAAAUGGCAGCUGAUCAAGCAGAAGCACGCGCCAGUCGUUUACUUUACGGUCUAGGAUUCGAUAAGAAUAUGCAGCAGAAAGCAGCAAAGGACUUCAGUGGUGGGUGGCGUAUGAGAAUUGCUUUAGCUCGUGCUCUUUUCGUUAAGCCUCAUUUACUUUUGCUUGAUGAACCGACGAAUCACUUGGAUCUUGACGCUUGCGUAUGGUUGGAGGAAGAAUUAAAAACUUAUAAAAGAAUUCUUGUGAUCAUUUCCCAUUCUCAAGAUUUCUUGAACGGUGUUUGUACGAAUAUUAUUCAUCUUACCAAGAAACGUCUCAAGUAUUAUACAGGAAACUACGAUAUGUUCACGAAAACAAGAAUGGAAUUACUGGAGAAUCAAAUGAAGCAAUACAAUUGGGAACAAGACCAAAUUGCUCAUAUGAAGAAUUACAUUGCACGUUUCGGUCACGGUUCAGCUAAACUUGCUCGUCAAGCUCAAUCGAAAGAGAAAACACUUGCGAAAAUGGUUGCUUCCGGAUUGACAGAGAAAGCAGUUGAUGAUAAAAUGUUGACGUUCUCUUUCCCAUCAUGCGGAACAAUUCCACCACCAGUUAUUAUGGUGCAAAAUGUUAGUUUCCGUUAUAACGAUACGACUCCUUACAUUUACAAGAACUUAGAGUUUGGUAUUGAUUUGGAUACACGACUAGCUCUUGUUGGUCCUAACGGUGCUGGAAAGUCGACACUUCUCAAGUUGUUAUGUGGAGAAAUUCAUCCAACACAAGGAAUGAUCAGAAAGAAUUCUCAUUUACGAAUUGCCAGAUACCAUCAGCAUUUGCAUGAACUCUUGGACAUGGAUGUUAGUCCACUGGAUUACAUGUUGAGAUCUUUCCCGGAUGUCAAAGAAAGAGAAGAAAUGCGAAAGAUUAUUGGUCGAUAUGGAUUGACUGGAAGACAACAGGUUUGUCCCAUUCGGCAACUGUCAGAUGGUCAACGAUGUCGAGUUGUAUUUGCGUAUUUGGCUUGGCAAUGUCCUCAUCUUCUACUUAUGGACGAACCCACGAAUCAUCUUGACAUGGAAACGAUUGAUGCAUUAGCUGAAGCUAUUAACGAUUUCGAUGGUGGAAUGGUUUUGGUUAGUCACGAUUUUAGACUCAUCAAUCAAGUAGCUGAAGAAAUUUGGGUUUGCGAGAAAGGAACUGUUACGAAAUGGAAAGGAGGCAUCUUAGACUACAAAGAUCAUCUGAAGAAGAAAAUCUCGAAAGAAGCAAAGUAAAAUUCCUUUAAAUUAUUGUGACAUCAGACAGACAAGCAAACAGAUUCGUAAUUGAUUACAAUUUCUAUAACUAAUUGAAUUUUCCUGUACUGUUAAAAUAUCAUCAAAUGUUUUGUGUAUGACAAAUUAAAUUAUUUUUUAUUUUAUGCUUUAGUGAAAUAAUCAAAAAAUAAAAAUAGUUUAAAGUUUAAGGGAACAACAAAAAGCAA